GCAACCAAAUAUACUAGUGACAUAAUGAGUGAGGUUAUGAAAUGAGUUGUUUUUGUAAAUACGAAACAAGUAAAUAAUAUAAUUAAUCAUUUAAAUCAGUGAAUAUGUAAAAGUGAAGUGAUUGUGGUUAUUUAUUACCAGUGACGAUGGCUGUUUUGCCCCCUGACCCUGUCUUUUGUUUGAAAAGUGACAUGGGGCACAUUCACAGUCUUUGUUUUCCCAUAACCAACGAAAACUACUCCUCGAGACUCCUUGCGGCUACUGAGAGUGGUUUUGUGUACUUUUGGGACUUGGAGACAAAUCGUCUCCAACACAAACAACCCAUGGGGGACUCCAUUCAAGCCAUCCAUUCCAUUUCACACGACAUAAUCACGCAGGAAAAAAUCGGUAUGGUGAAACUCUGGACCAUCACCAACUCCUCCUACCAACUCUCUAAAACGUACAGUUGUCGUGGGGGCUACUGUCGUAGCAUUCUCCUCAACGACAACCUCAUUGUGCCCCAAGAAGACAGCACCCUCGACAUCAUCCACAUCUCAACCAUGUCGAAACUCGCCCGUCUGGUGCCCCACAAACCCAAACUGGGCAACGUCAUGUGUCUGCAAAAAGUGGAACUUGGGGGGAAAAUAUACAUUCUCGGGGGGUACGAAACCGGGGACAUUAUCCUCUGGGACUACACCACGGCCCAGCCUUGCGGCCACCUCAAACUCCGCGAGUGUAUCACAUCGCUCACUUUUGAUCCAGUAACGGGGCGAGGCAUCUGCGGAAAUGCCUCAAACACCCUCCAGAUUUUCACAAUCGAUAAAAAUUUUAACAUUACGUUGAAAUGCGAAAUUUCAAUCACGAAUGAAGGGUGUAAUAUUGUUAAAUUGAGGGAUGAUAGGAAGAUUUUCGUUGCGGGGAAUUGGGAUGGUAGUUUGAGGAUGUUUUCUUGGAAGAGUCUCAGACUUUUGGUCGUUUUGAAUGAGCACAAGGGGGCUGUGACCGAUGUGCAGUUUUCUGUAAAACCGGUGCGGUUCUGGGAUGCCAAUAUCAUGGCGGCUAGUGGCGCCGAUGGCGUCAUCUCCUUGUGGAAUUUGUACAACUAAUUUCGACUGAUUUUUAGUGAAAUAAAAUCAUUAUUUUACUACUUAAAUCCUAUAUCAAAAUGUUGUAAUUGUUAAAAUGUUUCAUAUGAGUGUAUUUUUGUUAAAAUAGGCUUAACAGUGUAUUUAUACAAGGUGCCGCUUCCUUGAGAUAGACAACAAUUAAAUUUUAAUAACCGUUUCAA